UCGAUGUUGUAAAUUUUCGGUUCGUAUCUCGUUUUAGCUGUUUUUCCACUGGACCAAUCACACCGAGGCAUGGUUCCUGGUUGUUGACUGAAGCUUCAGCAUAAAAGGUUGCCGCUAAACAUUUGCUUCCAACAACCGCCAUGAAGCUGAAAACUCUGCUCUUUCGGCUAUUGCUUAGCAUUGUUUCGUUGGUUGUGUUUAACGAGUUCGUUGUUUACUACAUUGUGUUGUUGAAAUGUCAAUGGCCAUCGAAACCUGCUGCCGUGAAUGGAGUGGAACCUGUGAGCGUAAUGCUGCUAGCAGAUACCCACCUGCUAGGCCCAGUGAGAGGUCACUGGUUCGACAAGCUUAGGCGCGAAUGGCAAAUGCAUCGAGCCUUCCAAUCAGCCGUCACGUUGUUUCAGCCGGAAGCGAUCUUCAUUUUGGGCGAUGUAUUCGACGAAGGGAAUUGGGUAAAUCAGAAGGAAUUUGAUAACUACAUCGAACGAUAUCGCAAGCUAUUUCACACUCCACGGGGUGUAGCUUUAUAUAGUAUCGUGGGAAAUCACGACAUUGGCUUCCACUACGCCACACGACCCAACCUGGUGCAACGAUUUGGUGACCAUUUUAACAAUACCGGCGUAUCGCUGAUCAGCCUAAGAGGUGUUCAUUUCGUAGCGAUUAAUUCAAUUGCGAUGGAGGGCGAUGGAUGCUAUCUGUGCGAGAAGGCAGAGAAAGAGCUAAAAUCGAUCGAGACAAUCUUCAAGUGUGGUAGAGGCGUAGGUCAAUGCAAGGAUGUACCGAAACUUGAAGAGUAUAGCAGACCGAUUGUGCUGCAACACUUUCCCAUGUAUCGGGAGUCGGAUAAAGAGUGCCAGGAGCAUGAUUCACCGCAAGUAGGCCUGUACCGCGAGCGAUGGGAAGUAUUAUCGAAGGAAUCGACCGAUUUGAUUGGUGAUUUGCUUAAUCCGAGGCUAGCUUUCAGCGGUCACUCGCAUCACUACUGCCAUAUGCUGAAAAAUCGCUUAAAGAUAGAAGAAUACACGAUACCUUCGUUCAGUUGGCGUAACAAAAACAAUCCCAGCUUUAUAUUGGCACGCAUAUCGCUAAAAGAGUACACCGUUUCACGGUGCCGAAUGCCGGAAGAGAACACCAUUGUAACGAUAUACCUUGUGGGAGGAAUUUUGAUACUUCUCGUAUCUACGUUAAAAAUAGCCGGCAUCAUCGGGCAACUGUGGUCAUUCCUUUGUCGGGGUCGCAAAGAUUACAAAAAACUUACCAAAUAGCUCAAUCGGUCGAGCUCAAAUCAUAGUUGAUAAGAAAACAAACGAUCAUGGUAGAAAUAAUAGACGAAAUAGUGCAACCUAACAUUUCCCCCCUUCGAAAGAGAAAGAGUGAGAGCCUUGGAUGAGUUUAUUAUUGUUGCGUUUUCUUUCUCUUCUGCAUUAUAAUCAUAAGAUUACAAAUUUGAACAUUGUACUAUUCAAUAGAUUUAUAUGUAAAAUAUCCUUUUAAAAAAUAUCCUUUUUAACGGACCAUUUAAAAUUGGCAUUUUCUGACGUUUUCUGACGUGAACUCACGCACAC